GCCGUCUGGCUCCACCCUUUUUUAUUGGCUGUCGAACAAAGUUGUCGCUUUUCCAGGGCCUGGCAAGGCGUAUGUGAGGGACACCAAUGUCGGGACAGUAGGGCAGUUAGUAAUAUGUGUUAUGGAGGCUGCGGCGAGCCAGGUGAAUGAGUUGUUCAGGUGGAAGAGGCCGAAAGAAGAAAGGCUCAGGCGGGGGCGGCUCAGCGCUGGAAGGCGACGCCCACGAUCAGGUGUCGCUCCAUAGGCGGAACCUGUACGUGUUUUCGUACCCGCUGCUAGCCGUGUUCGCGCUGCUGCGCGCCGUCGCCCUGCAGCUCGCGCUCCUCUUCGCCUGGUUGUUCGCGCGCCUGUCCGGGACCAUGGCGGCGCGCGCCAAAACCGCGCAGGAGCCCGCGAGCCGGGAGCGGGACGACGACGGGGAGCAGAUCCGGCAGCACCACAAGCAGGCCUUCGAGUACAUUUCCGUGGCGCUGCGGAUCGACGAGGACGAAAAGGGCCACAAAGAGCAAGCUGUCCAGUGGUACCAGAAGGGCAUCACUGAGCUGGAAAAGGGCAUCGCAAUUGAGAUCACAGGACAAGGUGAGAAGUAUGAACGAGCAAAGCGACUCCAAGAAAAGAUGACAACCAAUCUGAUCAUGGCUAAAGAUCGACUUGAGCUUUUAGAGAAGGUUCUUUCGAGUUCAGCACAAAGAGACAUCUAUACAGACAGUAUACACCAGCCCUACCGUAAUGGCCAUCUGCAUUCAGUCAGUGGUGCCAUUCCCAAAAAGAAAGAUGGCUCAAGCCAUUUCAGUCACUCGCUUCCUCGACCAAAGCAAACACCAAAGGCUUCGACCACCGGUACCCAUGGACACCAGCGCUCCCCCAGCUAUAGCGGGCCCUCCAGCGGUGGCCAUGCAAGGCCAGCCUCCCAGUCUGCCAGCAGCCUCAAAGGUGGUGGGAAAGCUGGUAGCCGACAAAAUGGCAAAGCUGCGGCGCCUACAGUGACUCCUCCAAGAAAGAGGGACAUGAAGAACUUCAAGAAUGUGGACAGCAAGCUGGCAAACCUCAUCCUGAACGAGAUUGUUGACAGUGGUUCUGCGGUGCGUUUUGAGGAUGUUGCAGGCCAGGAGCUUGCCAAGCAGGCUCUCCAGGAGAUUGUCAUCCUUCCUGCUCUCAGACCAGAGCUUUUUACAGGUCUACGGACCCCUGCGAGAGGCCUUCUUCUCUUUGGUCCCCCAGGGAAUGGGAAAACCAUGCUGGCCAAAGCAGUAGCCACAGAGUCCAACGCAACUUUCUUCAACAUUAGUGCUGCCAGCUUGACUUCCAAAUAUGUAGGAGAAGGGGAGAAGCUGGUCAGGGCCCUGUUUGCUGUUGCCAGGGAGUUACAGCCCUCUAUUAUUUUCAUUGAUGAGAUUGACAGCCUACUGUGUGAGAGGAGGGAAGGAGAGCAUGACGCCAGCCGACGCCUCAAAACGGAGUUUCUCAUUGAGUUUGAUGGGGUGCAGUCUGGGAGUGAAGACAGGGUGCUGGUGAUGGGAGCCACCAACAGGCCCCAGGAGCUGGACGAGGCUGUGCUCAGGAGAUUUGCAAAACGGGUCUAUGUGACUUUACCAAAUGAAGAGACACGGCUGAAACUGCUGAAGAACCUCCUGGGUAAACAUGGAAACCCACUUAACCAGAUGGAGCUGGUUAAACUAUCCAAAAUGACCGAAGGCUAUUCAGGAAGUGACCUGACUUCUUUAGCUAAAGAUGCAGCUUUGGGCCCAAUAAGAGAAUUAAGACCUGAACAAGUGAAGAAUAUGGCUGCACAUGAGAUGCGAAACAUCACGUUCAGUGACUUUGUGGAGUCGCUGAAGAAGAUAAAGCGCAGCGUCAGCCCACAGACUGUGGACCUGUACAUACGCUGGAACAAGGAGUACGGUGACACCACGGCCUUAUGAAAGAGCAGCCCUUCUGGCCUGGAGGUUCACAGAGAAACUCCGUAGUGGACAGAGGAGUGAGUCCUGGAGACUGGAACUGAAACUUGAGUUCGUGGCCUCUUUGCUCUUCCUUUUGUAAUUCCCUUCAAAGAAGGGCAGGACACCAAGAGACCAUACAACGAUAACCUUUUGUGCAAAAAAUGUUUGUCUUACCCAAGAGUAUGUUUGUAAUUGCUUCCUAACAAUGACACUUAUCCUUACUCAAAAGAUGAGUUUCCCUUUGCGCUCCUCUAACUUGUGCUCAUUGGCUACUGCUUAUGGCACACAAGCUAAAUAGUGUGAGUAACUCCCGCUUGUUUAACAUCUUUACCAGGUUUCAUUCCAAGGCUGGUCACCUAGUUCAGGGGUGUUUGUGUAUGCUGUAAGUCAAUUUGUAUGGAAGAGAAAUAACAGGAAGUAAUCUACUGUCAUUUAUUAGCAGCCUAGAAUGUGAGCCCUUCAGUCUGCCCAGGAUUUGGAGCUACUUCCACUUAAUAGCACUGUGACAUUGAAUUCACAAAAACAUUUGUAACAGACUGACAUGGCAUGAGUAAUCUGCAGUAAUAUGUACAGUUCCAUAUACACAAGGAUCAUCUCACUGAACCAAUCCAGUGCCUUAAGUUUUUAGGUGACAGAUGUGGGCUUUUUUAUUUUCAUUUUCUUAGGAUGUCUGUUAUGCCAAAUGAAUUCAUAAAUUUGUUCUUCCUUUCUGUUCCAGUCACGGUCUGUGGUAUACCUAGCUUUUUGGAAUAGAUUUCAAGAUGACAAAACUAACAUCAGGGUGUUUGCACCGUCUCCAAUACAGAUUAUGACAUUUGUGCCUGUAGGUUUUGUGUCCUUGUGUAUGUUCUUUCUAUCAGUGUAGAUGGCUAUGUACAUUUUAGUAGAGUACUGAUUGUGUAAGAGAGAUUAGCAAAAAUUUAAUUGCGCAAAAACUGGCUACAGUGGAUUUGUUUUGCUCUGUCCAUUGGAGCCUUUUUCAAAGAUGCCUACAAAGAGCAACAGAAAUGCACUCCAUAUAACCAGUUUUUGGAAGUAGGUUUCAGUAGCACAUAACCUUCUCAAAUGAUCAGUCAUUUGGCAACAAUCUUAUUGUUAUUUAAUGAUGAUGAUGAUGAUAAAAGAUUUAAUAUUCACAAUGGAGUGUUCCACUUCAGAGCACUAGAGGGCAGCAGAGAUUUGCUGUGUGUCACACAGUAGGUUGGGUUCACGUCAGGUCAGUUGCUGGACAUGCCAUGCAGUUAAAAAUCCAAUCCGUUAUAUGAUCGCAUUUGCUGACUAAAUUAAGACAGUAAUAUUUUCCAACAAAUAAUACUAUAGUCUCUCCUGGACUGUAACAAAAUUGGUAAUAUUGGCGUUUGUGUUGAUAAAUAUUAGUAAAAUGCUAAAUUUCACAGGUAUGCGACAUUCCCAAAUCAGUUAUUGAAUUUAUUAAUGAAUAAACAAUGCUCAAUAGUGUACUUUUCAAAUUAUAAUAACCUAUAUCAAAUAUAUCAAUAAGAGCAACAAAACUGGUGCAUGACAGUUUGAGAACUGAGUAUGGCUUGCUUAAAUAACAUGUAAAUUGUAAAUUAAUUUCCUGUUGCAUUUUUAAGAUUUUGUAUUUUUUAUUUUUGCUUUUCAUUUUCAUUUUGCUUAAAUUUAGUAGAAAUGUGGUGUGUUAGAUUGCACAGAUGUCUUGAAGGCCAUAAAGGUUUUGAUUUUUUUUUUUUUUUUUUUUUUGUGUGUUUCUAAUAAAUGUGUUUAUGCUGAAAAUGUUCUUCAGUCAUGGAGGUGAGGGGAGCCAGCAUUUGUGGCACGGUGGGGGUUCCAGAAGAGUCUUGCAUCCUGUGUUUUCAGCAUCUUGUCUCUUCCAGAAUUACAGAUUUAUUUCUUUUGACCAGUGGAGAAUGAAGUACAUUUGGAAUUCUGGUUUGUUAAAUGAUAAAAAAAGAGAUAUGACCAUUUCUUAAAUUUUACGAAAAGAGAUCGUUGCGCCAGGACAAGCGCCAUUCCUGUCCUUCAGUGUGAUGGUGUAAAAAGCAUCACUGUCUCCUGCAGUUCUUUAUAGCAAGUAAAGGUGUCAUUUGCACUCAGACCCAACAGUCAGCUUCCUUUCUAGAGUUUAGAUCAGUUGGGGGAGGUGAUUUACCUUCCAGACAGCAGUGCUUGACUUGUACAGAUGCAAUUAUUGAAAAUACCACCAAAAAACAAGACCUGAAACAACCAGUUGUCACUCUAUAACAGACCUGGUAAAAGUGUUCCAUGGCCUUUAGGACUGGUAUCCUUUGCCAUAUUCUAAGUUAAGCAAAGAUCUCAAAGGAGUUUUACAGUGAUGCUCAAUCUUCUUAGCCAGGUAUUCUUAGUGGAUAGUUGGAGGGAUUAAACACCUACAUGAAAUAUUGUGUUUAGGAAACAUUUCUGACAGACUUGCUCAUUGAAGAAACUUUUGUGAAAGGGAGGUAAAAAUAUUGAAUUGGAAGCAUACCUUACCUUACUUAAUGUUCAUAUAUCUGUGUCGCUCUUUGGACAAAUACUUUCUGCCAGCUUAAUUAAAAAAAAAAAGAAGUAAAUGUAA